AUGAGGCGGCACCCCUCUGUGGCGUCCGUGACGCAGGCGCGCGUGCUGCGCCCCGCCACCACCGACUCGUACAAGUUCCUCGGCCUGCCCUCCUCGCUCUGGGCCCACGCGGGCGGACCUAGCAGCGCAGGCGAUGGGACGGUGAUUGGCAUCGUGGACACCGGCAUAUGGCCCGAACAUGCCUCGUUCGAUGACACGGGCUACAGCAGCACGCUCCCCGCCGGGUGGGCGGGCACGUGUCCCACUACAAGCGACUUCGCUUGUGACAACAAGAUCAUCGGAGGGGGCGUGUUUCACAAGGCUUUUGAGAGCGGUGGCACCUCCCUCGACCUCUCGUACGACUGGGACUCGCCGCGCGAUUCUGCUGGCCAUGGCACGUGGUGUGCCGGGGCAGCAGCAGGUAACAACAACGUGCCGAUCCGCAGCAUCGGCAAGGCCAGCGGCAUGGCACCAGGGGCACGUCUGGCCAUCUACAAGGUGUUCUGGCAGGCGAAUGGGGACAUGUACGCCACGAGCCCAGACAUCUUCUCAGCCGUUGAUCAGGCCGUCGCCGACGGUGUGGAUGUGCUGAGCCUCUCGCUGGGCGGAGCCAGUCCCACCGACACCUACUUUGAUGACGUGCCCUUCAUCAGCGUCCACGCCGCGGGGGUGUUUGUGGCCUUUGCAGCGGGCAACGACGGUCGCCCAUCAGCAUUCGCAGCCACGGGCUAUCGCACGCUCUGCAACUUCUCGCCCUACUACAUGACUGUCGGCGCCAGCAUCUCCCCAGCAGCCACCGCUGCCCCGGUAGUGGCCUACUUCUCCUCCACCGGUCCACUCGCCAAGCCCUCACGCUCCACCCCUGCAGCCUACCCCUCCAACACCAUCCUCAAGCCCGACAUCAUCGCUCCGGGUGUUGAGCUCUACGCUGCUGCUCCCGGAACCACCGUCGGCUCCAAAGGGUCGUUCCAAGCGCUGUCAGGGACUUCCAUGGCUACUCCGCAUGUUGCUGGCAUUGCUGCUCUGAUCAUCCAGCAGCAUCCUGAUUGGACGCCCUCGCAGAUCAUGUCCGCUAUGAUGACUACAGCAAGGAGGACUAACAGCAGAAAGGGAGCGAUUAAAAACGAGUAUGGGAAGGCGGCGUCGCCGUGGGAGAUGGGAGCAGGGCAUGUGGUGCCUGCUAGGGUGGUUAACCCUGGGUUAACUUAUGAUGCUGGGGAGCAGGACUUCCGAAACUUUCUUGCCGGGCAGAACUAUAACAGAGCACGGAGGGAAUUCGGUACAGCUUCUCUGAAAGCCAUUGAAGCGAAGAAUCUCAAUCGGCCAGCUAUCUCGCUGGCCAAAGUGCAUUUUAAAGCUACAGUUACACGGACUGUUACAAAUGUCGCGGAUACCACGUCGACUUAUACAGUGAGGAUAAAGAGACCUCCCGGAGUGAAUGUGAAAGUGUCGCCGUCAAGGUUUACGAUCGCACCCGGGCAACGAAAGGCGUACACUGUGACUGUGGUGGUGAAGUGGGCUUCACAGUCUUUCAAGUUUGGCAGCCUCACAUGGGUGGAUGGCAAGGGGCACUCCGUGCGGUCUGUGCUGGCUGUGCAGCCGAGCAGUGCAUGCUGGUUUGGUUGCUAA